AAACAUUGAUUGACCCAUUUAAAAAAUAACAUACUGAUAUUUUCUUUCUUCAGUAUCACUUUAGGCUGUCCUCUAUCCAUGUUUCUUAGCCAUUUAUGACAAGGUAAAAAGUAAUUAGUUAUAUUUUAAAAAAAUAAGCCAAGCAAAUAAUUCAAUUUAAUUCUUUAAUUAUUCUCUAAUAAUUCUUGUUAGAGGUUGGUUGGUCAAAACUCAGCAGGCCAUAAUGACUUCAACUAAUAAAGCAAUUGAAUUACAACUACAAGUGAAACAAAAUGCAGAAGAAUUACAAGACUUUAUGAAGGAUCUAGAAAACUGGGAAGAAGAUAUUAAACAAAAGGAUAUGGAAUUAAGACGACAGAAUGGUGUCCCUGAAGAGAAUUUACCUCCUAUUCGAAAUAGGAAUUUUAGGAAAAAGAAGAAAGGUAAAGUGAAAGAGUCUUCUAAAAAAACCAAAGAUGAAAACACAAAAAACAGGAUAAAGUCUUAUGAUUAUGAGGCAUGGGCAAAACUUGAUGUGGACAGUAUCCUUGAUGAACUUGACAAAGAAGAGAGUACCCAUGAUUCUGUGUCUCAAGAAUCUGAGUCAGAAGAAGAUGGAAUUCGUGUAGAUUCACAAAUGGCCCUUGCUCUAAAAGAAAAGGGCAAUAAGUACUUCAAACAAGGAAAAUAUGAUGAAGCAAUUGAAUGCUACACCAAAGGCAUGGAUGCCGAUCCAUAUAAUCCCGUGUUGCCAACAAACAGAGCAUCAGCAUACUUUAGAAUGAAAAAGUUUGCUGUUGCUGAGUCUGAUUGUAGUUUAGCAAUUGCCUUGAAUAGGAGUUAUACAAAGGCUUACGCAAGACGAGGUGCUGCUCGAUUUGCUUUGCAAAAAUUAGAGGAUGCCAAAAAAGAUUAUGAAAAAGUAUUAGAACUGGAACCAAAUAACUUCGAAGCAACAAAUGAACUCAGGAAAAUUAAUCAGGCUUUAACAUCCAAAGAAAACUCACACCCAAAGGAAGCUGACACAGUGAUUAAGUCAACCGAAGGAGAGAAAAAACAAUUUGAAGAGCAGCAGAAUAAGCAGCAGGCCAUUUCAGAGAAAGAUCGGGUAAUCCAGAGGAAUUCCACCAUAUGUAUUUUGCUGAGUUUACUCUUAGUUUCUUACAUAUCAGGGAAUGGAUUUUUCAAAGAGGGAAAGUAUGAAAGAGCAAUUGAAUGCUAUACUCGAGGGAUAGCAGCAGAUGGCGAUAAUGCCCUUCUUCCAGCUAACAGAGCAAUGGCCUAUCUGAAGAUUCAGAAAUAUGAAGAGGCAGAAAAGGACUGCACACAAGCUAUUUUGUUAGAUGGCUCAUAUUCUAAAGCUUUUGCCAGAAGAGGAACUGCAAGAACAUUUUUGGGAAAGUUAAAUGAGGCCAAACAAGAUUUUGAAACUGUUUUACUUCUGGAACCUGGAAAUAAGCAAGCGGUAACUGAACUUUCUAAGAUUAAAAAGGAAUUAAUUGAGAAAGGACACUGGGAUGAUGUCUUUCUUGAUUCUACUCAAAGGCAAAACGUGAUAAAACCCAUUGAUAAUCCACUUCAUCCUGGAUCAACUAAACCACUCAAGAAGGUUAUUAUUGAAGAAACUGGUAAUUUGAUACAGACUAUUGAUGUACCAGAGAGCACUACCGCUUCUGCUCCAGAGAGUAAUCCGAUUAAUGAAGCAAAUGUAGCAGCAACCACAGGCGCCGCCAGUAAGAAGAAUUCAGGUCAGGACGACCUUUUGCCCACAGGUGAUAUUCCAAAAGCAAAAGUAUUGAAAAUAGAAGAAAUCAGUGAGACUUCAGCCCUGCAACCUCAAGUUAAUUUGAAACAGGAUGUAUGUCAGUCUUUCCGUGAGAAGAUUUCUGUAGUAGACGAAACUCCUGCUCAGUUUAUCACAACCGUUCUUCCUCCAGUUCCUACCAACUCAUUCCAGCUUGAAUCUGAUUUCAGACAACUGAAAAGUUCUCCAGAUAUGUUAUAUCAGUAUUUGACGAAAAUUGAACCAUCCUUGUAUCCUAAGUUGUUUCAGAAGAAUCUAGAUCCAGAUGUAUUCAACCAAAUCAUUAAAAUUCUGCAUGACUUUUAUAUUGAGAAAGAAAGGCCGUCACUCAUCUUGGAAGUUUUACGAAGGCUUUCUGAGCUAAGAAGGUUUGAUAUGGCAGUGAUGUUUAUGUCAGAACCGGAGAAGAAAAUUGCACAUGUAUUAUUCAACCACAUAGAGAAAUCAGGAUUGAAGGAUAAUUCCGUUGAGGAACUCAAGAAAAGAUAUGGUGGUUGAUUUCCAUUUUUACUGAAGUUAUUGUCUUUGACUUUCACAUGUAAAUUUUUUUCUACUGAAAUAAAGUGCUGUUUUGCUUUUAAGAAAAUGAAAUCAUACAGGAAAGUACUGUCUUUGGAUAUAAGUUAAUUAAUUAUAAAGUGAAUUGUGAUUUAACUAGUGAGACAUGUAUUCAGGUGAAAUAUUUAUAAGUCUUUUUCUGAAAAUAAAAAUAUAAAUAAUGAGGUAUAUUUGUAAAGAUCAGUAUUUUAUAAGUCAUUUUAAAUGUUAGAUAUAGACACAUUCUUCAGUGCCCUGUAAGUGUAGCAUGAUUUCCACAUGACAAGGCUGCUUCAUUAGCAUUAUGAGUAAAUUAUGUUUGUAUAGAGGGAGUUAAGUAGAUAACUAGAUUGUUUCUUUAUAAGACUUUUUAAUAUCAUUGUGCCAGUUCACUAACAAAAUUACUUGCAGGAUACGUAUUUUUAGUAUUUAUGUUGAAAGAGACUUUUAACUAGACUUUUUAUAUUGGUUCAUUGAGGAGCCACAACAUCCUUAGAUUUAAUCCUUCAGGUUUUUUACUCACGAUAUCCGCAUCAUAUAUUAACUAAAGGCACAUAAUCUAAAGCAAGGUGUAAAAAAGUUAAGAACUGGAAAUGUUUGAAUAGUAAUUAGCAUAUAGCUGGCGUGCACGCGUGUGUGAGUGUUGUGUGUGUGGCGUCUAUAAAAGCCUUUGAAAGCAGGGCUAGUAUUCCACUCAUCCUUGUUCUGUACAGUACCUGUCACAGUUCUUUGUACCUAGUUAGGUGCUCAGUUGAUAUUUAUACAAUUUAAUUUAACAGCAAGAAUCAAUUUUAGUAAAUGUUUAAAAGUAGCAACCUAGCAAAUUUUGGGGAUCCUGUGAAUGUUGUUAAGAUCAACUUAAUUUUAGAAGCUAUCAAGUUGUUAAAAAAAUACUAGGUCCCUAUCCUAUAGCUGUUAUCAGCAUUAAUAAUACAGUCAAAUUUAAAACUUUAUUUUACAUUAUUGGUAAUUUUUGUUGCAUCAUACAUUGUUAUGCUUACAAUUGCUUAAAUAAUCAUAAUCUAUUUGCAAAGAUAAUUUUCCAGAUAUAAAUUAUUGAAAUGAUCAUAAUUUGUAUAGCCUCAGUGUUUUGCAGUACACUUAGGACAGAAUUUAUUAAUGCUAUGCAUUGCUAAAUGUACUGUCUUUUUAUGGUAUAGGACAAACAAUAAAAUUUAGCCUUUUAUGUAUAGCUUAUAGAUUUGUAUUGAAUUUUGAAUUACUUGAAUUUUUUUCAAGUGAUUAGUAAGAAGUUGAUUUAGAUGAAUAGAAAAGUAUUCCAAAAGCAAAAAAGUUCUUUCUCAUAUUUUCUUAUGUGAUCCUUAAAAGAAACUUAGAAGGUAGUCAGGGCAGGUAGUGUUAUUGCCAUUUUUAACAUAAGAAAAGGAGAUUCAGAGUCAAUGUUUCCAUUAUUACAAGGCUAAAAAAUAGCAGAGCAGUGCAGAACAUGCUGCUUCUAAUUCUUGAACUACUGCAGUUGCAUUAUUUAUUUUGUGUUAUCUGUAUAGGGACCGGCCUGAAGAAGUAUAAAUCCCAAGAUUUGCUUUAGAAUUUGCAUUAAAAUUAUUAAAAAUGUUAA